AUGACGCUACAUUGGUGGAUGCACUGGUUCUGGGUGACGACGUUGUUCAUCAUCAUUGCGAGCAGCGGGCGAAGUCACGCGGCGCCCCAAUCUGAGGAACUACAGCACAUCACCACAGACAGCGAGCUGGAACACCGAAUCUCUGAACGGCAGGGCCGAGCAAUGUACUAUGCAAAGACGCCGCCCACCACGCAAGUUCCCAACGUCACGGAGAAUCAAACAGAAACAUCAGAUACAAACGCAACGAUCACGAACCAGACUGAAGUGUCACCGAUACAAUGGACGCAAGUUAAUAUUACUGAAGUAACCAAAAGCAUAGCAUCUAACGUCACCUCAACUGUAGCUCCAAUCACUAAUCUAACUGAAACGCAUAACACGACGUUCACUGCAAAAAAACGUAAUUUGACUAGACCCGAUUUCGUCAAAGAAGGAGGCGGGAAUGCUGCUGAGAGCAGGAUAGUAACUGAAAAAACAUUAUCACAGGAGACCCCAUUUUCUCAGUCAAGGAUACCAUUGAAUAUAGAGUCUUCUAGACGAAUAAUAGACCAAGGCGAUGGUGGGAUGGACACGGGAGCUAUAGCUGGCAUAUCUUUUGCCGCGUUGGUGCUAGCUGCUUUGGCUGGAAGCACAGCUUUCGUAUUAUAUAGAAGAAGGUACCUGAACAAACCUCAAACUUUGAACGACAAGUGCUCCAACCCAGAUUCAAGUGGUUAUCUUGAUGACAGUACUAUAAGGGAUAACUCCGAGGAGAUGUACAGCUUGGACAAUGACUCUUUCCUCAACUCCUUAGAAGCCAUGACAAUCCAGAACUACUGGACGGACACUGUCAAGCACACCAAACUCUGA